AUGUUCAAUGCUGGGCAGUUUGAAGCGGCAAAGAUGAGUUUUGAGAGGGCGGGGGACGAGCGCAGAGCAGCAGUGGCACAUGCGGCACUGCUGCAGCAGACGGCCAAGAGGCAGCAAGGCACAGAUCACCGGCAAGCCUGUCGUACUUUCCAGGAAGCCGCGCAGGCGUUUCUGGAGGUUCAGCGUCCCAGGGACGCUGCAGGGUGCCUCGCCAGCGCUGGGGAGAUGAACGAGCAGUCAGAAGUGAGGAAAUGGAUUGGAAAGGCAGCAGCAGCGAGGGUUGAGAGAGUUGGAAAGGAAGGUCAGCAGAGCAGCAAGGAAAGGAGCAGGAAUGCAUUGGAGCUGGCCGUUGCCAUCUGGCUGACACAGGAGGAGGCAUCGGUGUGCAGGGGUACAGGUUCGGUAGCAGCAUGUGGAGUAAGGGAAGGGAAGAGAGGAUUUGGGAAGGAAGCAGGGUGUCUGGUUCGGAGUGAGCAAGUGGGGAGUGCAGUGCAGGGGGGAGGAGCAGGGGAAUGGGAGAGUGAGGUGGACGCAGAGCAGGGGUUGGAGGCUCUGACCUUAUUGCUGCUGAGCGAGAGGAUUCAACUAAGGGAUGACAUGGGGGACAUAGAAACAUUGUGGUGCCGGCUGACGGGUUGGGGAGGGGGGCGAAGCAUUGCGGCUGAAGUGCUGUGCAGCUGGAAGGCUCUGGAGCUGAGCCUGGAAAAAGUCAACGCCUUUCUUUUGCACACCUCCUCCCCCUCUUCUGCCCCCUCCCGCACAAGCACUGUUUCCUCACUGCCAGACACGGAGAGUCUCCCUUGCUGGCUCUCAACGCUGCCCCACCGACAGGCAGUGCAAGCUAGCCCAGGAGAUUGGUGUAUGGGAGGAGUCGGACCACAGGGGAUGCAGCAGGUGCAGCAAGGCAAGAGGAGGAGCGAGGAGGUGAAGCAUGAGUCUUGCCCAGGCCUGCUCCAGCAGCUGGGGGUGCUGGUGGGGGAGGUGCAGCGCUGGUGGGGUGCGUGGAGCGAGAGGGCUGCGCGAAUGGUGGCGGCGUUGCAGCGGCUGCGCAGGAGGAGGGAGGUGCCGGCAGAUCAGCCCUGGCUAGAUGCAGCCUUCCACUUGCUUGCCGCCACACCCCCCACUGCCUCCGGUACGGCAGGGGGUGUGUCCACUGCAGCCCACACUGCUCCUCCUGCCUUGGGUUCGCCAUCUCACUCCAUCCUGGUGGGUCUGUCCAGUUCCGCCUGGCUUCUGCCCGUGCGUGCUGCUGUGACCCGCCUGCCCAACCAGGGCACUCGCGGGGAGGUAGCGAAGGAGGCUGCAGCUGAGGUAGGUGGCAUCUUCUGGGGCAAGCAGGUAGCGGUGGUGGUGCAAGGCUGCCUGCAGGCCUUGGACAUAGCCAUGUGCCGGACAACCAUGGUGUUGCAGCAGAUGGGGCAUGGGAAUGAACUGCUGCUGCAAGGAGUGGGACAGCUGACAGGUCGGGUGAAGCAGGGAGGAUUCAAGAUCCAGAAAUUUCAACAGCAGCAGCAGAAGGGGAGCGGCAAUCGGGACGCAAUAUUUUGGGCAUCGGUACUGCGUCUGCAGUGCGAGUGGCUCGUGCAGUGCCUUGAGAUGCUGGAACGAGCCCUGCAGUGCUGCAAUGGUGGCAGGAAGGCCUUUCAACGACCCCCCAGUCACUUCGAAACUCGCAUCUCCAGUGCUGACCGCGUUGCAGAGAAAGCGGAAAAUAACCGAAAGUCGGAGGAGGCACGAGAGCUGGAGGGCACUGCAAGCAUGUUGGAGAGGCUGCGGGACAGCCUGGGUCGGCGCCUGCUGCAGCAUGUGAUGCCGGUGGGCGCUCCCGUUCCGCGUAACUUGGCGCUGCUGACAGCGGAGGUGCGAGCGCAGGAGAGCACUGCCUUGGUGCUGCACUGCUGGGCUCUCAGGCUGCUUGCUCAAUGCGUGGAUGGGGCCACACGCCAGGAAGCGGUCACGAGGGACAAGGAAGGAGUAAUGGGGGGUUCAAAUGAAUUCGGGUCUGACAUGCACGAGCCUGUGCUUUUGGGUCUCUUGGGUGACUUGCUGCUAGUGCUGACGCUGUUGGGCUCCCGAUGGGUGCACAGGUAUGGCGGGGAGCUGCUGCAAGUGCAGUCCAGCCUGCCUAAUGUGGAUGCUGCGCUGUUGAGAGCGGUGGUGCAUGAAGAUGCUGUCCGGUUGUUCCUUGAGCAGCGGCACAGCCAUGGCGCUGCAGUCACUCCUGCCAGCACCGAGUGGGCGGCUGCUCUCCUGCAGGCGCUCACUGUGAGUGUUUGUUCACUGUUCACUGUUGUUGUUGUCUCUUGUGCUGCUGCUGUUGUUGUCUCUUGUGCUGCUGCUGCUGCUGCUGCUGCUGCUGCUGCUGCUGCUGCUGCUGCUGCUGCUGCUGCUGCUGCUGCUGCUGCUGCUGCUGCUGCUGCUGCUGCUGCUGCUGCUGCUGUGAUUUGUUGUUUGUACUUUCCUGGCCCCUUCACCUUUGUGGCUCUCUCUAUCCGCGUUGCUUCUUCCACUCUGCUGCAGAGCGACAACGUGGGGCAACCAGGCGACGAGGCCCCCCUCCCUCUCACUGCUGCUGUGUACGUGCUUGAAAGGGAAGUGACUUACGUGUGUGCAGCCAUCACGAAGCUCCGAAACUUCAUCAUCCCUACCUCCCUUGCUGUUCUCCACCUGGAUAACCACCGCGCCUCUGCUGUCUGCACCUUCCUGCUCCAGUCACCACCGUGCAAAAUCCCUCCAUGCCACGACCAUCAGCUUAAAGCCCAGCUGACUUGCCUGCACGGGCUUAUCAAGUCCCUUCUUCAGCAUCAGGGCGCAUUACAGCAGCGGUGGAGGUCCAGCUCUGAGGCUCCUGCGCUAUUUCUCCGACUCCUCACCCUCCUCCUUGCUUCAUCAGCCAAUGUCCCAGCUUUCCACAACAGCACGGCCGCCUUCCUUCGUGACCUUUGGCACUGCAACGGGUCACUGUUGCAUCAGCUUCCACACCUGAUUCGUAACGAAUUGGCGGCCGUUUUUGGUGGAAAUCGGCCCAACCCUAAUGCAUUACACGACCGCUUUUCAUGGGCCAUGUUCAAACUGGGUGACCCAUGGAUUGUGCUCUGGAGAAAAGGCUCUCCCUUCAUCCAAAGACGCCGAUGGCAUGCGAAGCUGAGAAGGUUCUAUAUGGAGAAGAGCCAGGUUCGGAGUGCAACGUCUUCUCUCUUGUCUGGUGCUGCAAAUGAGCCCCAUUCGCCUCAAGCGAAUGUCGGUGAGGAGUGGGUGCCUGGUGCUGAUACUAAUCCUUCCGAGUGCAGCCUCUUCUCUCUUGUGGACCUGACAGGACGUGAGCGAGCAGGACGCGUUGGUGGAGAUGUGAUUUCUGACUGGGAGGUGGAGGGUGGGGAGGGGAGAGAGGAAGAGUGGGAGGAGGAAAGGGAGAGUGUUAGAGGGGGGAGAUCUGAGGAGUGGGGCGGAGCUGAGGGGUUGUUUGAGGAGCAGGGCCAGGAGGAGCCAGAGGAGGAGGUGGAGGAGGAGAAUGUUAAUGUUGGGGAAGCGGGGAUUGAGGGUGCUGAUGCUGCUUCGGGAGAGGAGGGAGGGUUUAAGAGAGGGUGUGAGGACGACGGGGAGGGAGAUGAGCGAGAGGAGGUGGACGGAGUGAAGAUUGCUGUUCGUGUCACUGCAGCCUUACGGCAGCUCCUUCUAGAGGUAAGCACGCCAUAG